AUCAAUAGAUUUUUAAUUAAUUUAAUUAUUCUUGCAGCCAAUUAUGGGAAUCACCAUAUACCUGAACACCUGCAAAGCGGUGGCGGUGCUAGCGAACUCGGUAACAAUGAGAAUGACCUGCGGGUAAGCAACACCGCACCAACAGAUAGUUACAUGACACCUGCCCACUACUCCGGGUACGAUGAUCCUUCAGAGUACCACAAUUUACCCACGGAGCAUGGAAAUCCUCACACUUAUAAUCUUGACAACCCCUCGGAAUUUUAUGGUGCUGGUGGGAUUCAGCUAGAGCCUAAAUACCAACCACCUCCAUUUAAAAAUUAUCCAAGAGGACGGUAUCAUGAAGGAUACAACGAAAAUUAUGGUCAAUAUGACACAACGCCUUUCCAAACCGUACCAGGAAGUGGGAACGCAAAUUCUAGCAGUGGAAGUACUGUUGGCAAUGACCAAUGGUCAGUUGGUCCUCUUGGAGAGCAUCUUUCUCAUCACCCAGCAUUCCUAUCAGGAAUUGGUCCCCGUGACUCUUCAAACCCUCAUCAUCCAGCUAGUAUUGGAAGUAAUUCUGACCAGAAGCCAUUGUUACAAAGUGCAAUGUUAGCCGGAUACACUGGUGGAGGACCUUGCUUCACCGGAUCAGGUCCAAUUCAACUAUGGCAAUUUUUAUUAGAGUUAUUAACUGAUAAAUCGUGCCAAGGUUUCAUAUCAUGGACUGGAGAUGGCUGGGAGUUCAAACUUACCGACCCUGACGAGGUAGCUCGUCGCUGGGGUAUUCGUAAGAACAAGCCCAAGAUGAACUACGAGAAACUUAGUCGUGGUCUUCGGUACUAUUAUGAUAAGAAUAUUAUUCAUAAAACUGCUGGCAAGCGAUAUGUUUAUCGUUUUGUAUGUGAUUUACAAAGUCUUUUAGGGUGA